AUGGCCGACCGCAAUGCUCCGGGAGUGUCGUCACCGCACCGAUCCUCAUCCUCCGCAGCGCCCCUGGCUGGGACCACGGGCUCUGGAUCCGUCCGCUCGCGCAAUCGUCGCCCCCUCAAUCAUGGCAGUCGCGAGGAUAUCACAAGAAACCAUGGUGAUCUGGCACAGAGGACUCCCGCUGCCAAAGGUAGAGAGGCAACAUCUAGUUUAGGGCAGGUGCUUGGAGAUUCCUGGGCUCACAGCUGGUCAUCAGUCCAGGGAUUUGCAUCCUCUCUCCUCUCCGUCGCAGAGAACCCGGCCGACAUGUCUCGGCCACGAUCAGACAUUCAGUCCGACCAAAACUUUGCUUCUUCACUUUGGAAUCGACUACCACCCGGCAUCAGCGGCAACGCCAGCAAGAACCCCAACCAGAACCAGGGGAGUUCUCCCGCUCUACGAAGCCAAAGGGCAGCCAACCGAGUGGCGGCGGGAUCGUCAGACCAGCGAGACGCUGCGCUGAUAGCCGCCAAGAAAGCUAGCGUUUUGGAAAACAGCCAAGGCCCGAGUGGAGGGCUGGAUGUCUCGGGGAAGUAUAAACGUCGAAAUUCGGACGAAAUUACCUCAGAGAACUCACAGCCUGAAGAGUACCUAGUAUACAUCCACAAAAUCCUGCCUGUUGACACAUAUGCUGGAAUUAUCCUUCGAUACAAGUGCAUGGAGGAUGCGUUUAGGAAAGCGAACGGCCUCUGGUCCAGGGACAGUAUUCAGGUUCGGAAAUGGGUCCUUAUUCCAGUCGAUGCCUGCGAAGUACGAGGCCGUCCUUGUGAUCCCCCGUCAGGCAAUCAAGACCACGGUGCCACGGAUUUCUUCGAAGCAACAACCGGAUCAAUGGCGCCACAAACUACACCCAGUGGCCACUCCAAAUUAUCGGGUGAAAGAGCUACACAGGAAGACGAGGCCGCGGAAAAAGAGGCAAUGCCGUGGUCGCACGUCAGAUGGGUCAAGAUAGACUCACUGCCCGAGCCGGUGGAAAUCGGGCGUAUUGCGCGCCAGAAAAUGGGCUACUUCCCACCACGGAGGAAAAAGGCCGUGUCUUUCUCGUCAACACCGCGACAGAGCAUUGAUACCACGGAGCAGAUAGAGCCGCCGCUACCCAGGCGACAGAGCUUAGUGGGCGAUCAGCCACCAUCGUUGAGCAGGCGUGAAUCUAUUCUCAGCCAUGGAGACGGCGAUGGGCCGGAUAUGAGACCAGCGUGGAUGCGGCGUUCGGGUGGUGUUGGCUCCUUGAGCAGGAAUAUCCGCGCUCCCGGCCCGGACAAAGACUACUUUAACUCGUGGGCCAAGAAGCAUUUUCCUGGCCUGAACAUUGACGACCUGCCAUCCAUGUCGGUGAUGGGCUCAGAGAUGGCACGGUUCGGGUUUGACCGUGAGGCUGCUGGGAUCGUUGAGGGCGCCAUUCAAGAGGGGGGAGAUACGGAGUCACCUUAUAAUCAGAAUAACGGCUUAGACAAAGCCGCGGCCGCAGUUGAGACCUGGCUUCGAACGGCAUGGGCUAAACGUUCCAUGGCCCCAUUAAUUCCACGGCAGAGGAGCACAGCCGGACAGGAUACUGGAGACCUAAUAGAGCUGACGCCGACGCCAGGUGCCGAGGGCACACCACGCCUUGACAUGUUUGAUUCACAAAUACCAUCGCCAUUCCUUGGAAGUAUAGCGGAUGCCGAUUCUAGCAUAAAGCGAUCAGGAUAG